AUGGCCAACAAGCAGGGCAAGAUGCAGAACCUGGUCAACUACCGCAUGCGCGUCACGCUCAACGACGGUCGACAGAUGACUGGGCAGAUGUUGGCAUUCGACAAGCACAUGAACCUCGUCCUCGCCGACACCGAAGAAUUCCGCAAGUCCCGCCGCAAGAAUGCGCCUAAAGCCACCGCUCCAGGCGCCCCAGACUCCGCCGCCGCAACCGUCACCGAAGAGAAGCGCACGCUCGGUCUCGUGAUCCUGCGCGGCACCAAUAUCGUCUCCUGCUCCGUUGAAGGACCCCCGCCCUCCGAUCCCAGCGCUCGCCUCGGCACAUCUGCGCCAGGCGGCGCCGCUACAGCUCUGCAGUCCGGCGGAGGCAUCUCGCGACCUGCCGGCAGGGGCUUGCCGGUGGGCUUGGGAGGGCCAGUAAGUGGUGUAGGUGGGCCGCCACCCCCAGGAGGAGGUUUCGGAUUCCCGCCGCCAGGUGGUAUGCCAGGACAGCCGCCGCCGUUUGGAGGCCGAGGAGGACCGCCCGUGGGUGGCCCGCCGCCAGGUUUCCAGCCACCGCCGGGCUUCGGUGGACAAGGGAGGGGUGGGUUCCAGGGUCCGCCAGGAUUUGGUGGGAGGUAG